AUGCCUCGGCGGCGGCGCCGGCGCGGCGACCUCGCCUGCGCGGCGGUGGCGGUCGCAGCGGUGGUGGCGGCGGCCGCGGCGGCGGGCGGAGGCGAUGGCGGCGCGGACUUCGACUACCGGAAGCUGUCGGGGAUCAUAAUCCCCGGGUUCGCGUCGACGCAGCUGCGCGCGUGGUCUGUGCUGGAUUGCCCCUACUCGCCUUUCGACUUCAACCCCCUCGACUCCGUCUGGCUCGACACCGCCAAGCUUUUGUCUGCUGUUAAUUGCUGGCUCAAAUGCAUGCUGCUUGACCCUUACAAUCAGACAGAUCACCCAGAGUGCAAGUCAAGGCCUGACAGUGGCCUUUCUGCGAUUACAGAAUUAGACCCUGGUUAUAUAACAGGUCCUCUUUCCUCAGUGUGGAAAGAAUGGGUCAAAUGGUGUGUAGAAUUUGGUAUUGAAGCUAAUGCUAUUAUCGCUGUUCCAUACGAUUGGAGGCUGCCCCCUUCGAUGCUGGAGGAGAGGGAUCUGUACUUCCACAAAUUAAAGUUAACUUUUGAAACUGCAUUGAAACUUCGAGGAGGGCCUUCUUUAGUGUUUGCUCAUUCCAUGGGUAAUAACGUGUUUCGCUACUUCCUGGAAUGGUUGAAACUAGAAAUCGCUCCCAAGCACUAUAUCCGAUGGCUUGAUGAACACAUACAUGCAUACUUUGCAGUUGGUGCACCUCUUCUUGGUUCUACUGAAGCAGUUAAAGCUGCUCUUUCUGGAGCAACAUUUGGUCUUCCAGUCAGCGAGGGAACAGCACGGCUGAUGUUUAAUGCAUUUGGUUCAUCUUUAUGGCUUAUGCCAUUCUCAGAAUAUUGCAAAGCUGAUAAUAUAUAUUGGAAGCAUUUCUUUGAGGGAAAAGGAGGUUGCCACCACAGACAGCAAUGUGAUGAAAUGGAGUAUAGGUCUGAUUACUCAGGAUGGCCCACAAACCUUGUCAGCAUCGAAGUUCCUACAGUCCGAGAUAUGGAAGCAUACCCAUCCGUUAUGGAUACAACUGAGAACAUAACUUCUAGCAUGGAAUGUGGAAAGCCAACUCUAUUGUCAUUUUCUGCCAGGGAGGUUUCAGAUGGGACCCUGUUUAAAACCAUUAAGGAUUGGGAUCCUCAGAGUGUUGGGCUUCUCCAUCAGCUUGAGAAGUACUACCAGGGUGAUCCUGUCCUUAAUCCCCUCACGCCCUGGGAGAGACCCCCAAUAAAGAAUGUCUUCUGCAUAUAUGGGAUUGAUUCAAAGACUGAGGUAGGCUAUUAUUUUGCACCAAGUGGCAAACCAUAUCCAGAUAACUGGAUAAUAACUGAUAUUCUUUAUGAAUUUGAAGGGUCUCUACUAUCAAGAUCAGGUAAUUCUGUUACCGGGAAGCCCAACAAUUCAAGCGGAGAUGGAACGGUAUCCUACAAUUCCCUCUCAUGGUGCAAGAAUUGGCUUGGGCCAAAAGUGAACAUAACAAGGGCUCCACAGGCAGAACAUGAUGGAUCUGAUUUACAAACAAGGAUGAAUGUCAAUCACCACGAAGGCCAUGGCAUACUUCCAAACAUGACGAGGACUCCACAUGUGAAGUACAUAACAUACUUUGAAGAUGCUGAAAGCAUUCCAGGAUGGAGAACAGCUGUCUGGGAGCUUGAUAAAGCAAAUCACAGGAAUAUUGUUAGGAUGCCGGUGCUGAUGCGUGAGUUGUGGCUUGAAAUGUGGCAUGACAUGCACCCUGAUGCGAAAUCGAAAUUUGUGACGAAAGCUUUCCGAGGCCCAUUGAGAAAUGAAGAUUGCCACUGGGACUAUGCAAAAGCUCGAUGUGGCUUUCCAGAACACUGUGAAUAUAGGUACACAUUUGGUGAUGUCCAUCUAGGAAUGAGCUGCAAGCUGAAAAAUUCAUCAACUAACCUCCUUCAACAAUAUCUCUGAAAAUUCUUCUGGAUCAAUUUUUAGGGUUAUGAAAUACUCAGUGGGGACUGAACCGAGGAUAAAAACGGGUUCGACCAGAAACAGGUGAACAUGUACUGUUAGUCUUAUAGCCAUGAUGAUUUUCAUCUUGCCUAGCAGCCGGCGUAUUCUGUUUCCCUUUUCUUUUUUUGAAGAUUUUGCUGAUAAUUCUGAUCGAAGUGCUACAUUUUUUUAACCAACCUUUUGGGUUGAAGAUGGAGAUUAGGAUAUUGCUAGGACAUUGGAUGGCAGUUGUAGAAGUGUUUCCAAUUUUCUGAAGGCCCAUGACCAUGACCAUGCGACCGCAAAGAUGUAUAUAGUACGAGUAAAUGUUAACUUUUGGACAAUAAAGUUCUCUUGAUUCACGGUCUGGGAAGGCUCGCUCUACCUGUUUUUGUUUCCCCUUAAAGACGCAUACUCCCUCCAUCCAAAAAAAA